AUGAUGUCGGACCGAAGAAAUUGCCCAUGGGCCCGUAGACUUGGACUUUGUCAUUCCCAGCUCCUUGUUCGGAUCUAUUUCAAGGCUCUUGGGUCCUCGGCGCCAGAGAUUCUUCUGUCGGUCGUGGAGACGUUGAAUAAGGAUCAAACCUGUUGGGUCGGCGUCCCGGAGGCAACGAUCACAGGCUCCGCGUCCUUCAAUCUCUUGGUGAUCGUCGGGUUGUGCAUUGUGGUGAUCCCUAGCAAUGAGAUUCGACGGAUGAAAGACAUGGAAGUCUUUGUGGUCACUGUGGUGCUGAUGUUCUUCGCAUACGUUUGGCUGGCAGUGAUCGUUGUAUUUAUAACGCCCGAAGUCAUCGACCUUUGGGAAGCUCUGGUCACUUUGUUGGGCGAACCGAUUCUGGUGUAUAUCGCCUAUAUGGCCGAUAUUGGCGCCCUGCGCCGCUGCCGAAGGGGUGCCGAGGCAUCAGAAGAAGAUGCCCUGGUGAAACGCGGCUUGAAGAUGUUAGGUCUGGAAGCAGACGAUGAGGAUCAUCAAAACACGAAGAUCGUCUUGGAAGCUGCGGUGGCGGAGGAUCUGGUGGGCUUUAAGAAAGUCGUCGACAGAGGAUUGCCUGCAGACAGAGAGAAGCUGUCAUCUGUUGUAGAAGCCGGGAUGGCCAGAGACACCCAGGGCGAUGACAUCGCUGGGAAAGAUUCCGUUGAGUGUUUGAGGGAAAUCAAGCGUGGCUACAGUUAUGUGGGAGGCCAAAGUCUAGUGCCCAUUCCAGAAGAGCUCUGUGAUUCUGGUGCGGCUCUUCGCCAGGCCACGGUGGAGUCCGACGCGCAGCUGCGGAACUUUCAUCCGGUGAAAGCCAUGGGGCACGGGAGGCCCCAAGUCCAGUUCGCUGUGGUGCAGCAAAGUCUCUCCUCGGAACUGGCGGUGAAGCCCAUCACGGUGGUGCGCAUCGGGGAUCACGCGCAGAUUGGUAUGAUCACUGGCACCUAUGUAGUCCUUCGGCCGAAGGACUUGAUGAGUUCUCCGUCGCAGAACAGUCUUCUGCAGUCUGUGUACGUGACAGACCCUGACAACUACGAGGGCUCUAUGGAAGUCAUUGGUCGCGGUAGCUUCAGCAUGACGCCGGGCCAGAUGGUGAAGGAUGUGCCUGUGGAGAUCGUCAGGCGACGAGACGAAGUCGUGGUAAAGAUGGAGACCUGUGAAGCCGCAGCUUGGCCCGGUUUUUUCGUAACAGGAGUCAUCAAUGGAGCUGGUGCUGCGCCAGUUUUGAUGGAAAUUGGUGACAUCCAUGCCACAGUGGUCACCUUCGUCCCAGCCUAUCGAAAGGGCGUGUUUUCGUUUCCCUUUGAGCGCAUCGCUGUUCCUGGCGCAUCACAUGCACAAAAGUUGCAGUGCAUCGUUGAGCGCCUGGAUGGAUGUUCAGGCCCUGCUCGGUGUAACUUCCGCACGGCGCGCUUGUCGUCGGUGCCGGGCUUUGACUACGAGGAAACCGAGGGCACCUUAGAGUUCCCGCCGGGUGCCACUGAGCGAUUUAUUGAGAUUGAGAUUUUGGCCAAACGGAUGGAAGAGAUCGCGGACAAAUUCCUGCUGAUCCUCGAUGAAGCCGAAGGAGCCAAAUUCGACACCCAGGAGGGAGGCAAUCGCGAUUCUCACACCCAGACCAUUAUGAUUGGGGUGAAUGAAGCGGAUGAGGGUGCCAGCAAAUGGUUGGAUGCCACCUUCAACUGUGAUGAGGUCAGUUUGGGUCUAACUGAGUGGCGCAUGCAAUUCAUGGAAGCGAUCUUCUGUGGUGGCACUUGGGAAUCCCAAAAAGAGGCAUCGUGUUUCGACCUCGUUUUCCACUUCGUUUCUUUACCUUGGAAGUUGUUCUUUUGGCCAGUGCCACCGAAGGUUUUCGUGGGCGGCUGGGUGUGUUUUAUCGUUUCACUGGCUUACAUCGCUUUUUUGACCGCGGUGAUUGGAGACAUGGCGGAGAUCUUCGGUUGCGUUCUUGAGAUUCCGGACCUGGUCACUGGAAUCACCUUCGUGGCACUAGGCACCUCUAUGCCGGAUCUCUUCGCUUCCAGACAUGCCGCAGUUGAGGAUCCCACAGCGGACGCUGCCAUCAUCAAUGUGACAGGCAGCAAUUCGGUGAACGUCUUCCUGGGUUUGGGUUUGCCUUGGACUGCUGCUGCUGUGGUUUGGGCAAUACGUGGCCAAACAGAGCAGUGGAAAGCCUUGUACCCUGACAUUGCCGCUCGACCCUCCAUGAGAAAUGCGGGUGGUGCUUUGGUAGUUCGUGGUGCUCAAGAUCUGUUCUUCAGCGUCAUCGUCUUCGCUGUAAUGGCUGCCUUCGCGCUCAUUGUGGUGCUGGUGCGGCGUCGCUACGUGGGCGGCGAGCUGGGCGGGCCCAUGCCUAGCAAGGUGAUGGGUGGCCUUUCUUUGUUGGUCUUCUGGUUUUCCUACAUUGGGCUGGUGAGCUGGUAUUCCAUCACGGGGAAGAACAGCAACAUCGAAGAAUUGCUCUUAGUGAUCCUAGGAGUCGCAGCAUUGUGUGUGAGCAUCACCACCUGCACGACCCUGGUGACCAUGCGCUUCAGAGGGUUGCACGAAGAAGGGGAGGAGGAAGACGAUGCAGGCUUCAUCGAGGAGAUCCGAAGCCCCAGGAACAACGGCCUUUCACCAGAUGGACCCCUCAGCAAGGUCGCAAGUGAUGCGGACCUAGCAGCGGGACCCAAGGUGACGAAUAACUUGGACGAUCUCGUGCUGCCAGGUCCCAAGCUGAUACAGCAGUCGGCCCCACCCACCACCGCAGUGCACGUGGAGCGGUUGCUCUUCACGGAGAAGUCUGUGGAGAUUGAGGUAGCUGCUGAAGCACGUCAGGCGGUGCGAUUGAAGCCGGCGCCGCCGCCGCAGUCGCCACAGGAGACCAAGAAUGUGGCCAUGAG